AACAGACGGUGUUUGCUAAUUAUUCACCGGCGUACACCGCAAGCAGCCCAGCUAGGCGGAGUUAACCACUCUAUUAAAACUAGCUCCCCAGUGAACUCCUUCGGAGUUGUUUACUUCGUAUAAACCUCUUCUGAACAAAAAAACAUCUUUUUAGCUGAACAGUCCUUUAAUCAUGGCACUGGCUGGGGUUAGAGUUAUUGAGCUGGCAGGCCUGGCACCCGCACCCUUCUGCGGCAUGAUCCUGGCAGACUUUGGUGCCAAGGUGAUCCGUGUGGACCGGACCAAAGUUCCUACGUCUUUGGACACACAAGCGCGGGGGAAACGAUCUGUGGCCAUCAACUUGAAGACCACGGAGGGUAUAGCUUUGCUCAGGAAGCUCUGCAUAAAGUCUGAUGUGGUCCUGGAGCCGUAUCGCAAAGGUGUUAUGGAGAAACUUGACCUUGGUCCACAUGAGCUAUUAAAGGAAAAUCCUCGGCUGAUCUACGCUCGCUUGACUGGAUAUGGUCAGAGUGGAUCUUAUGCCACCGUAGCUGGGCAUGACAUCAACUACACUGCCAUGUCAGGCCUUUUAUCCCGGCUGGGUCGCAGCGGCGAGAAGCCUUGCGCUCCACUGAAUCUGUUAGCAGACUUUGGAGGCGGUGGUCUUACGUGCGCUCUGGGGAUUGUCCUGGCGCUGCUGGAGAGGACAAAGUCAGGGAAAGGACAGAUCAUUGAUGCUAGCAUGGUGGAAGGAGCAGCAUAUAUGGGUUCGUUUUUAUGGAAAUCUCGUAGUAUUGGUUUGUGGAACCGGUCUAGAGGAGAAAAUAUGUUGGACAGUGGAGCUCCCUUCUACGAUACCUACCAGACUUCGGAUGGACAGUUCAUGGCUGUUGGUGCCAUUGAACCUCAGUUCUACAAACAGCUGCUUAAAGGCUUAGAGUUGGAUGCUGGAGAGUUGCCUUCUCAGAUGAGCUUUGAUGAUUGGCCAGAGCUCAGACGAAUCUUCACAGAGCGUUUUACCUCAAAGAGCCAGGCGGAGUGGUCAGAGAUUUUUGAUGGGACUGAUGCUUGUGUUACACCUGUGUUGUCUUUUGACCAGGUGAGCUCACACCCACAUAACCGGGAAAGAGGCUCUUUUAUCAAGGACUCCAGUGGGGAAGAAAGCCCCCGACCAGCCCCGGUUCUGUCUCGCACUCCUGCUGAGCCUUGCCUCACCUCCGACCCCGUUACUGGAGAACACACAGCUGAGGUCCUACAGGAGUACGGCUUCACAUCCCCACAGAUAAACCAGAUGCUGUCAGCAGGAGUCAUAGAGUGCAAUGCUGUGAAGGCAAAGCUGUAAACAAACAAUCAAAACAGUCAAGUUAUAAAUGUUUGAAAAUCACACAGUGGCACCACCUUUUAAGAUUUGAAGGAAUAUGUAAUUAAACAUGUGAUUGACAUACUGGAAAUAAACAACUGGUUUGGAUAAAGCAAA